AUAUUUUGGUACAAUAUAUAAUUCUCAGCACAGGGUAUUUCAACAAGUUACUUACGCAACAACAACAAAAACAGUAACAAAUACAAAAAAAUAAAAAAGUUUUUUAAAAAAAAGCCGAAUAACUGUACAACUUUUAAAAUUAAGGACAUGUUAAGAAUGCAGGUUAUUGACUAGGUUAACUCUAACAACCUGUUCGUCACAGAGUAUAUUUGCUAGGUAAGGUAUUAUAGAACUUUUAUACUUUUGCUUGCGUGCAUGGAUUUUAAUGUAAUUACGUCUCGUUCUACUAGAAGAUAUACAAGGAGAAAGAUAAGAGUGAGGGGGAUGGCUAGUAUCUGAUAAAAUAACACCUGCCAGGAGUUUGCAUGAUUUUAAAUUUCUAUCCACAACCAUAUUAAUUAUGACCUCGAAAGAUUCACCACACAUCUUGCUAACUGCCUUCAUCACUCUCCGCAAUACAGCAAAGUCUUUUCUCAAAAGCCCGGGAAAGAAUAAUGGAGAACAGUAAAGUAUAAUAGGUAAUAUGCAAGAAUUGACAAAUUGUAAGAGUAAAUGACGAGUAAUCGCUAGAGCAUGCAAUCUCUAUGUAGUAGGUCAGACGGAAAACCUUCUUCGAUAACAAUAAAACGUGGGAAGACCAAGACAGAUCAGUGGAAAAGGUGACACCAAGAUAAUUGACCUUCGACAUUGUGUUUAUCAAAGAGUCUCGGAUGGUACAAACAUUAUGGAAUCUCAAAAUGGUGUUUAGAUUCCGUUCAUGUCUCAUGCUAAAGUUAACAGCUUGGUAUUUAGACGGAUUAGGUAUGAGACCAUUACCAAUAGACCAAUAAUCAAUACGAGACAAAAACUCAUUCAUUUCUAUGGGAUGUAAAGAGGAAGAGAUAGGCAUACAUACAGGGGGGUCAUCCGCAUAUUUCACAAAAGUGUUUUCUGUGGAAGAUGGCAGAUCAUGCAGAAAAAAAGAGAAGAGGUGACAGAGCAGCUCCUUGUGGUACACCUUCAUGAGACAGUAGAGACUCUGAACACUUUCCUCCAAACACAAUGUACUGUUCCCUUCCAGAGAGGUAGCAACAUAGCCAGUUGGUUAUCCAGCUGUCAGUGUUGAUGCUGAUCAACUUGUUAAGUAAACGUUGUCUUGGUAUAGAAUCAAAAGUUGGAGUAUAGUCCAGAAAAGCACAUCGAACAUACUUCUUACCCUUUUCUAAGUUGAACAGUAUGGUGUGAUGCAGAACAGCAACAACAUCUAAAGUGCUUCUGCGUCUGUAAGCAAACUGAUAUGGGUCAAUAUGCUCUUUUAUCUCAGGCUGAAGUGGAAGUAUUAAUAAUUUUUCCAUUGUUUUGAGGAAGGGUGAAGUUAUUGCAAUAAGUCUAAAUUUUACACUCUUAUCACCAGAUGCUUUCUUGGGUACAGGAAUUAUAUUUAUCUUUCUCCAUAUUUUCGGUAUGAGAUUAGAUGAGAAAGAUCUGUUAAAUAUAGUCGUGAACGGAUAACAUAGAACGUCAUCACACUUUUUAAAAAGGAUGUUUGGGAUACCAUCAGGUCCUAAACAUCGUCAACAUUCCUAGCUAAAAAUGUAUAGGAUUAUCUGUUUUAUUAUACUUUUCAAAAAUUUUGGAUAUCAUCUACUUGUUUUUCACUGGGUUUUAUCUCUCUAACAAUUUGGUGUUCAUCAAUUUUAAUGAAUGUAAUCAGGCCUCUUGUAACUAUCUGUGCGCUAUUACCGUAUACUUCUACCAAUGAACCGGAAUAUUUUCGUCAUCCAAAAAAUCUCCAGUCAUUGGAACUAUCCACGUACGUAUAUAUUCAGAUAAAUAUUUAAACGAAAUAUUGCAUGCAUCUAUACAGUAUUCGGAGAAUACUGUUGAAUUCAACGUAUUCUGAGAUCUGCUUUAUUACCUUCCGAUGUUUGUUGCAUCUACUUUUUUCAAAUUUAACUACCAUCAUUUUUGCAUGCAUUUACUAUUUUAUACAUCACAUUUUUUCACAAUAGUUGUCAUUUAAGUGAGAUUAAUUCUUCAAAUGCAUGUUAACACAGUUUUGUAAGUUGGUUACUGUUCGUAACUUACUUACUUACGCCCGUUACUCCCAAUGUAGCGUAGGCCACCGACCAGCAUUCUCCAACUCACUCUGUCCUGGGCCUUCCUUUCCAAUUCUAUCCAACUUUUGUUCAUUUUUCUCAUAUCUGUCUCCAUUUCCCGGCGUAAUGUGUUCUUUAGUCUUCCUCUUGUCCUUUGGCCUUGAGGAUUCCAUGUGAAGGCUUGUCUUGUGAUCCAGUUGGGUGCUUUCCUCAAUGUGUUUCCUAUCCACUUCCAGCGCUUCUUCCUCCGCUGGGAUCUGGAUUGUUCUCUCCUACAGUAGGUUGUUGCUGAUAGUGUCUGGCCAACGGAUCCGAAGUAUUUUGCGUAGAUAGCUAUUAAUAAUAAACACUUGUAUCUUCUGGAUGAUGGCUUUCGUAGUUCUCCAAAUAAUGAAACUACUAGACUAAUGCUUGUACUAGUGAAGGCGAAAUCAAUGUGUAUAACUUUUAUCUCAAACGCCUAGAUAUUUCGUUACAAUAGGCCAUUGAAACAUGAAAUGAUAAUAUGAAAAAACAAGAAUAUUGUCAUAUAAUCGAUAAAUAAGUGGACCAAAAUAAUAUUUAUUGUAUGAUAUAAUUCAAUUAGGAAAGGAAACCGAUAUGAAUUUCGUUCAAUUAAAAAUGUUCAUUAUAACUUUUGUAAAAAACAUCUUAGAAAGCUAGUACAAGAUUGAUAGCGGUUACUAUUUGGGUGGAUAUUCGAUAACAUUUCCAGUUAUUAGAUUGCAUAAUCUCUCAAUCAUUAACUACUUAGGCAUGAUGAAUCAAAAGGUAUAGUAGUCUUAUCUUUCAUUACAUAACUCCUCAUAUCCUAAACCGAUCACUUCUACCCUUUUUUCAUCUACUUCCGUAGUCAACAACAGUCUACACGCGGUAACGACUUAAAACCACCAGCCAUAUCUGACAUACUAUGGAGUUAUUAACCUGCGUUAUGCCAAUAUCGUCUAUCAUUAUAAUGACCUAGUUAAAUGAAGUUUGAUUCGAUCACUCACGUACAUUCAUUUACACUACAUACUUACUAUAUGUCAAGUAUCUAUUCAAACAAAAUAGUUUUAUGUUCACAUAAAAUAUUUAUUGAUUUAUGUGCAUUCAUUCUACUUUUCCAGACAAACAUCGAAUACUGGAUUGCGUUGAUUAUGUUUGAUAAUUAGUGGAUGAUCAACGUUUUUAGCCUAAAAGCUUGGUAUGUGUUGGUCUUUAGGAACUUAUGCAUAGUAAUAAACCUACCAAGUAAUCGAACUGAUCUAAUGAAAAAUCAACCAUUAAACCAAGAGACACAAAGCUUACUGAAUUUCCGUGAUUCAUGUGAAUAAUAGGAUGUACGAGUUUAAUGAAGAAAAUAAUAAAACAACAAUGUCAACAAAAGUUAUUAGUUAGCAAUAAUGUUUAUACACAUGAUAAAAAUGUAGUUCAGUGAAUUAGUUAACCGAGGAUAUUUCAACAGCAUAUAAUCUUUCACUACAUUAACUGCGAUGUGUAUAUACUUCAAAGAAAAGCAAUUAGUACAUUUGUUUUUGUAAUGUCAUUAUAAAACUACUAAGAAUGAAUGAAUAACAGUAAUAGUGUUACUUGUCCACCAAAUAUCAAUUUAUUUAUUUGAAUUUCAGACACAUUAUUUGUGUCAGAGCUAGUGAUACUUACUACUCGACCUUUCAAUCGUAAUAAUCGAGGUUGGGUUACGAACCUACAUACUUUUAGUUGAAGCGUUAGUGCUUUAAUCACUAAACCCCUACCAUUUACAAUCUUGUAUAUCCAGCUUCAAGUCAUACAUUACGUGCUUAUUCGUGUGCAUGAUACUAUUUAAUUGCAAAACCCGAAAUAAGUAGAAAAAGAUCUAACUGCUUAAAUUGAUUGGUUUUAAUUAUUAAGGUCCAUCGUUUUGUAUGUAAGAAACAAGUGGUGGUGUUCAUCAAUUUGAAGUUUGAGUAAUAGUGAGAUGAGUUAAAGUCCCAAAACCACCGACUAAUUUGAAUGAUGUGAUAAGUAUCAGUAUUAGGAGUAAUAAUAGUAGUAGGAUUCUCUUCACAGUUAUCUUUCACCAUUGGUUUCUCUAUUUUGCCAACCGCUUAGACCGAAGGGUAAUUAUAUCCUUUAUGUAUUGUAUUAACUAUAAUUUAGUAUAUAUAUACACGUUAUAAACGAUUAUUUCUGAAUUAUAAAGUGUCAUUCUUUAAGAUUGUAUAGCCUAAUGAUUUGUCGUACAUUUUUGGACCAUAACGAUGACAACCAAGAUAUUUUUUGUAUUCAUGUAUAGACCAACUAGUAUAAGCAUACCUGAUGAUCUUCUUAAGAAGUCAAAUUACCCUCAACAACAACAGUCUUCUUCAACUGUAACACUACCGAAAAUGCCAACACCAUGCUCCCUUUCUACGGUCAGUACUCUCUCUACUUAUCCGGGUAACAAUUCAAUUGGAAGACGUGGUCGAAACUUUCAACCUUCACAUGUUACAUCGGGUCGUUCUUCUCACAGUGCAGAUACAUCACCGACUCGAUUAUCACAUCCUCAUGAAGAUAGUCAAGUGUUUUAUAAGACAUCAAUAACUGACAGUAGUAAACAGUCAUCCAUUUCCCAGUCACGUUGGUCACAUUCACUUAAAGAUCCUACCACCAUCGAUAAUCGAAGUAAUAAUAGCAAUGAUUUAUGUCGACCGUACGAACAACAUCCAUCCAAUAACACAUUCAGCAGUAGUGCAAAAACAGCCAAUCAUAAUUACUUCCCACCAACACCACCACUGCAAAGAUCGUCAUCACAGCCGGAUUUAAUAAUGCUGGACAAAUCAUUAAUAUCUGGUAGUAAUGUUGCUGCUACAGUCAGUGACUAUAUUACCGUUCUUCACCAAAAUCAACAUAAUUUAUCUGAUAGUGUCAAAUAUUCAGGCUUAAAUUCUGGUAGUAAUAAUAAUACUCAUACGGACCAUUUGUCAGUGAUACGUGUAUGGCGAUCAAAUGAUAAUGGAAAAGAUCAUUCUAGUAAGCUGAUUAUAUUACCAAGUAGACACACUAAUGCAUACGAAGCGACACGUUUAUGCAUGGAGGAAUUCAGUAUACCGGUAGAAGAUCAACAUUCUUAUCGCUUAUACCAUGUUAUUCAUCGCUAACCACAUAAUUAUCACUGACCAUUUUUGGAUCACGUUGGCACUAUACCACGUAUUGACUAGUUGGAGAUAUAAACCAACAAAUUCCGGGUCACUGAUAUUGUAGUGGACGAGAACACAAGUGGGGACAACCAAAGGUAUUUUAAUACAACAAUAUUAAGAAAGUGCUCCCACCGCGAAACCCGGGAUCCCAUGGUUUGAUUCUUGUUCGAAUGGCCAGUAGGAUUGCCGAUGAAUUCUAAAUCAGAACGAAACAGCUGCCCAGUCCUUCUUGGUUUCUGAAUGGUUUUGUAGCUUAUAUCAACCCGUAUUUAGAAAAGUAUCCCUUCAUAUUGAACUUUUCUUCACAAUCCAUGCAACACAAAAAGCAAGUUACGUAGGUGUUAUUUCUACCACCUUCAUUAUUCACACUAACACUUAUUCCACUCAUUGUAAGCUGAUAAUAACAAAUUUUGGAUAAAUAAAGUGUAUGAAUUCGUUGCAAUUUCAGAUGAGUAUUAAAAUGUCAAUUUUUGCGAUUAUAAUUGUACUUUUUAGAAAGAAAUCAGAAUCCUGAAGUCUUUUAUGUUGUAGAGGAUCAUUCAAUGUUACAUUUCAUUUGUAUGUAUUUUCUUUGGUAGUUGGUUGUAUUGUAGAUAAUUUUAGACUAGCAUUUGAUUUUGAGCUAUCUACAUCCUAUUUUUGAAAUAGAUAAGAUAAUUUAUGAUCAUCAGUGUUCAUAUGCCAACUUAUCUGUUUUUAUGGUAUGAAGCACAAAGUUUGUUAAUCAAAAUCUGUCUCAUUCUUAGCGUUUCACAACAGCUUCCAGCGUAGCAUAUCUAUUGACAAUGUUGACCAGUUAUAUAUUUUUUAUUUUGCAAUGUAUGGUAGACUUAACUUCAUGUUCUGCUUUUAAUAUGAUUUAUACGCUCUAAUUAAUCAUUCAUAAACCUUUACUCUCAAACACAUUUCAUAUUCUUUGGAGAAGAAGAAGCGUUCGUUAUGCUUAAUGUUGAAACUAAAGUUUUGUAUAGAAAUGAGAUCUUUCUUUUUAAAUUUGAUUUUGUUUAUCAUGCCUUUAAUUUAAUCAUAUUUCGCUGUCACACGGUGUUGAUACAAUUGUUUUAACUCCCUGUACUACUAAAUAUUAUUCUUAUUGUGGUUUUUACUGCCUCAAGUACACUUGAUUAUCAUUUAUUUUUUAUGUUAUUCAUUUUAAUACGUUUGAUUAAUUUUCGCUCAUGAUUAUCCUAUUCACCUUAAUUAUCAAGUAUUUCAUUCGAUUAACUAUCUUCCAUCUUCUUCGUAAUUGAUUGCAUCUUAACAACCAUACAGAUUAUUCUGUUUCAUAAUAGUGAUCAUAAUAUACAAUUUCACAAAAUUGAAAGUGAACUCGUUAAAAAUAAGUUCUCUGGUUGAACUGAUAGUUUUUAAGUAUAAUUAAUAAAUUUUUGACAACUUGAAAGUAGAGGACAUUAUGGUGCUAUUUCAUCCUAGUUUAAAUCUCGAUUGUGCACAUCCAAUUUCAAUCCUUUUGUGCUCUAUUGCAAUCUAAAAUGAAACAGCUAUUCAACACAUAAUAGUAUAUAAAUGACUCAUCAAAUGAUUUUAAUUUAUAGUAGGCACUAGUUUCGAAAUAAAUAAUCUUUGCAAAUUCACUCCCCUCCAUACAGUCCAACCUACUACAUGGUUGUUUUCUUAUCUUGUUAAGGUGACUGUUGAAUCUGGGCCAAUUGUGAAACAAAGUCGCUUGUCUAAUGUACUGGAUGAUUUAUCUGGACGUUUAACUUUGAAUUCAAGAUAUUACUUAAAAAGUUUGCAUAAUCAUGAUCCCCUUAUUGCGGAUGAUGUUGCAAAAUCAAUUCUAGCUGAAAGUCGUGUUACGUUUACACAGCUUCCACCAAAUGAAUUAGCUGCUCGGUUAACUAUUGAUGAUUAUGAAAUAUUUCGAUCUGUUCAAUCCACUGAAUAUAUUGAUGAGAUAUUUGGACUCAGUAAUGCACAUGUUAAUAAUAUCUCUUCAUGUGUGGUUGGCAAUAAUAGUAACAGUAGUAAUACUGGAUAUGCAACAGGUCAUGAAAAUUUGGAUCGAUUCACCGAUCUUGUCAACCGUGAAGCGUAUUGGGCUCCCACUGAAAUUUGCAAUGAAACUAACUUGAAUCGACGUGUUGAUUUGUUGAAACGUUUUAUCAAGCUUGCCAAAUUAUGCCGUGAACUGCGCAAUUUUAACACAAUGUUCUGUCUACUAGUUGGAUUACAUCAAACACCUGUCGAACGAUUAAAACAAACUUGGGAUCGCUUACCAAAUAAAUACCAAAAAAUCUAUCGAGAUUUAAGUAUGGUAUUGGAUACAUCUAGAAAUUUUCAUCAUUAUCGUACUCUCCUAUCAGCUAAUAAUGUAUCGGUUCCAGUGUUACCCUAUCUACCAUUGGUAUUGAAAGAUUUAACAUUUAUCCAUUUGGGUAAUCCUUCUUGUACUCCAGAUGGAUUGAUAAAUUUUGUCAAAUUACGAAUGCUUGCUAAAGAGGUUCGUGCCAUUUGUCGGAUGUGUAAUGUUGAUUAUGAUUUAUGCACUACUCCAUAUCGCGGUCGUACUGGUGGUGCUGUCGGACGUGCACGUGCUGGUGCCAAUUUAAGCGCGCUUAAAGCAGUCGCUUCUGUUUCAUCUAUAAAUCCAAAAUCGUACUUUUCAAAUCUUACAUCGAUGAAUAACUCCAAUCAAACAAACCAUAAUAAUAAUAAUAAUAAUAAUAAUAAUAAUAAUAAUAAUAAUAAUAAUAAUAGUGCUAGUGCAGAUUCUAAUUGGUCAGAACACGAUAUGGUUGAAGUGAAAUUCAGUCAUUCAAAUUCUCUUGACGAUAGUGAACAACAACAACAACGUGAAAGCACACUUAACUUUGAUGCGAAUCCUAUGAAUCCGACUAAUGUUUCGAGUGGUUUUAACGUUGGACACAAGCGUCUACAUCAACAUGGGAAUCCUACAACUCCUUCCAGUGGAAGUUUCAAUGUGGAAUUGUCUACAGCUAACUCGUUCAUUGUCCCCGGUGGUGGUAUUCGACGGCGAUCAAAUCUUGGUCUAAUUUCUUCAUCAAUUAAUCCAAAAAAGAUUUAUGAAAGUUGGCUGAUGACUUUACGGAUUCGUACGUAUUUCGCUAAUUUAAGAGUUGUCCAAGAUCCGGAAUUAUUGUCUCAAUUAUCCUCACGCAUUGAACCUAGUGGUAAAGAUUCAAGAACUGUCCAACCCGCUGUUGUAUCUUCAGUAGGCAAUGCUGGUACCACUACUACCAACAAUAAUAACAGUUCUGCUAAUGAAGGAAAUGAUCCACAGCAGUUAUAUACAUCCAAUCUCCCAUCCUCCAACAAUAAUACAAAAUUAAAAGGCAUAAAGCUGUCUCUCACAAAAACUUCUGCAGAGUCUGUUAUAGUCGAGUCGAAUACAAACAAAAAGUCUCCACUUAAAGUUAUCAACGUAUCGACAGAAUCUCCAUAUGUACCAUCAGCAACAGUAGCAGCAUCAAUCACAUCUCAUCCAACGUCUACGGAUCCAAAAGAUAUGUUUACCCGACCAUUACUAGGCGCACAAUCUGUUGAAGAUGCUCGCAAACUAUUAGCCCUAAGUGUAGGUGGUAAACGUUCUUCCCAGAGACGUUUACCAGUGUUCACUUUCCCGAAUCACUUUCAUUACAACAAUACUCAUAAUGUCGCUCAGUCUUUGUUCAUUACAUCACCAGUUCGACCAUAUGCUGGUAUUGGAUUUGGACACCUGAAAUCGCAACAUUAUAACAAUUCUAAUGUAUCGUCGUCUAUAGGAUCAUCUUAUCAAGUAAAUAAUAAUACUAUCAUACAAAUGUCAAAUAACAGCACACCGAAAUUAUCAUCCACCUCUAAUGCUACCAUUUCCACAUGUUCUAAUCAUUUACACCAUCAUCACCAUUAUAGUAGUAGUACUCAGCUUAUAUGCCCACAACCGACUCGAUGUUAUUCCACUCCUACCGGUACAACAGGCAGUAAAAGUCUCCUGUUGGAUAAUCUUAUCCCAAUACCAUCUCGUAUAGCUACUAAUAUGAACGAUAGUGGGAAUAGUAAUUCUACAUCGAAUCAAAUGUAUGCUAUGCUACCAAAUCAAAGAGAUCCUUGUCAUUUGCAUCAGCACCAGCAUUCUUUAACUCAUCACCAACAGGCAUCAGCAUCUCCACCUCAUAAUCAAGGCCAAGCAACUAUGAAACAUCAAUAUUUUAGUCAGGCAACACAUCAGAAUACAAAUUAUCAAUACCAACAGCAACAGCCAAACCCUCAGUCUCUAUCGAAUUCCAUUGGAUCUCGUCUAACACUGAAUUCUAAUACUGCUACAGUGCUAUAUCCAUCUUGUCCCGGUAUUUCAUUACGGCAACAGAUGACUUGCCCACAUCGGUCUACUAAUUUAUCUGGUGGAGGUGCCUAUCCCUCAAAUCAGCAACAACAACAGGCAACAGUACAAUCAGGUCGCUUUAGAGAACAAUCAUCGUUGCAACAGCAUCAGCAUUCAGUUUCAUUCAAUUUCGAUGAGAACUAUUUAUAUCCUACUGCAAAUACACUUCCACUUGGUGGUUCAAUGCUGCCUAUACCUCGUAAUUAUCGACAGUCUAUAAUACAAAGAAUAAUUCCACAAUUUGGUCAUGUUCCAUUCGCACAAACUCACACACAAAUUCAAAAUUCAAAGUCAGAUAAACAAUUGUUUACUGUUAAGCAGUUACCGGAUAAAAAUUCACAAAAUCCUAUAAAUUAUGUCUCAUCUACAACAACAUCGACAACAGCAACUUCAACGAUUGUGUCUUCACGUUCAGAAUUCAGUAACAACAGUAAUAAUAGUAAUAAUAAUCUGCAAUAUAGACCAUCUGAACGGAAUAAAUCCUCUACAGUGUGUCAGUCAUUCCAGCAACGUAUACAAGAACGACCUUCUCCGCCAUCUUAUCAGCAGGUUUUAUCCAUGUCACGACAAGGAAAUAAUCAAGGGUCAUUGAAAAUUAUCUCUGCUCAAUCUCAUCCACGUACAAAUAUUUAUUCAUCACAUGGACGCCCACAACCUCCACAACGAACAAUGGCUACAUUAUCUUCUAAUUGUAAUCAUAACAACUAUCGAGCCUCUUCAUGUAGUCCUGGUAUGACUAUAGUUCGUCCAGUCGUAAAUGAUCUUAAUACUGUUGAACCACAUCGCAAACAUAUUGGCAGGUUAGUUGAUUGAUCCACUUGAAACUAAUCAAAUGUUAUAAAUGUUCUCAUUAUGGCUAUUUUUUCUUCUUCUCAUCUCUCCUGUAAACUAACCAUUAAUCAUCUCCCUCUCUCUGCUUGUAUAGAUUUAUGUGCGUUGUAUGUUACCUAGCAUUAUCUGUAACUGUGCUCCUUUUUAUAAUAUGGCAACUCUCAUGUCAACACUUAAUUAUUCACCCUGUAUAUGUGUACGUAUCAGUGGUUAUAAAGUUUUUUUCCUUUGUUUGUCCCUUACCCCUACUAACUACGAUCUGUACACAUCACUUGUACCCAUAUAUGUUCGAGGUAGUCUUUGGAAUAAUAAUUUUUAUUAAUUGAAUUGCAUGUCAUUUCAAGUGUCCGCGGUAUUGACUUCAUUGCUUAAUAUUCUUCUAACUGUCAUUCUUAUAGUGUUUUGUUUGUGGACACUGAGUUUUAUUGUUUGUGUAAACAAAUUUCUAAGUUGACGAAUUCACCGACCAGUCAAUCAUAAGUAAUGUCGAACCUGACACGUGUACAUCGAUCCAAGUUGCUACACCCUAUUAGCACAGCGAGACGAAAUUGUCAAGAUAAAUCCCAAAGUAGUACAUAUAGUAACAGCAUUGACGGCGGUUGAAAAGAUUUAGCAUUUUAGAUAGGAUUUGGGAAAAGAAUAUGGACUAGUGGGAUAAAAAAUUCAUAAGGUAAUUUAGAAAGUUACAAUUUAAGAGAAGACGAAGAGUGAAUGUGCCUGUUCCAUCACAAACCAUUUUGAUCCAUGUCACCCAAAGUCUCUAACCAUCGGUUACAAUAAUCACGCGGACGCUAAUCAAGUAGUCUGUACCUACCCACAUGGCUCAGUUCAAUAGUCAACGUCUUCAUGGACUGAUCCCAUGUCUUCGUUUGUCCCUAUUCUACCUCUAACAACACUAGAGAUCCUAUUGUUCACUAAUUCACCAAUUGUGUGCUCGAAAUCAGCCAGUCAGCUAUAACGUAGGACCAGGCAAAUAUAUGCAUCGGUCCAAGUUGCCAUACCGCAUUAGCACAACAAGAUGAACACCGGAUUCAUAGAAGUAGUUAAUUCAAUGAUGGUAAUAUAUAAAAGAAAGAUUGCAUAUAAGGAUAUAGUACAGGAAGAAAGAAUUAGUACGUAGAGAGAUAUGUCGGUCGUAAAGAGAGAGGAUUAAGUGGGAAACACUACAAAUUAAGACCUGUAUGUAUCCAUGAUUUCUUUCUGAAAUUGCUUACACGACUACCUUACUGAGAGAUUACCAAAAACUACUAGCGUCUCCUCCGUUUUGUCAAACUGGUUUGCUGCGACAAGUGAUGUUCUAUUAAGUUCAAUAAUAGGGACCUCUCUUUGUCCUCUUCACUAACAGAUUAACGGGUACUCCUUCUCAUCGAUGUUUUUACAAACAUUUCCACGAUUUAAAGAUAAUUCCAACUUAUCAAUAAAAUGUAAAACUGUUGUAUGGACACAUUGAACAGCUAUCGUCACCAUUAGACCGAUGGUGUUUGUGUGUGUAUGUACUUAUUCUCAUUUAUCUGUUUCGAUAUUUCCAUUAAAUUGAAAGCUAUGUCAUUGAGUUGAAAUCCCUCAUUUUUCUUAUUUAUGACACUUAGAAAUUUUGUCAUAAUAAAUCACCAAAAAUAAUGUCCACACAAACCUCAGUGACUAUUAUUUUCACUUCCAAUCAAUUUAUGAUAUUUCUCGACCAUCAUACCAUGUCAUCACGGAUGUAACUACUUUACUCUCUAUAAAUAAUUGAUUUCAUAGUCCACGGUUACUUUCCACCAUUAGAGCAUUCAGUAAUCCAUUUCAAAAUUAGUAAAUACAUGACUCUUGUGAAAUUAGGCAAAUAAUAUGAUUUAUUCGACCUUAUCUUUACAUUACAUUAGUCGAUUAAGUGUUGAAUCUAGCAUACCAAGGUCAAAAUCAUUGAAACGUCGUAUUCGAUAAUUAACAUUAAACAUCCUUCGCAAUUCAAAUAAAGUUGUAUUUAUAUGGUUUUUCCGUGUAUUUCAAUGCCUAUUUACUGUGGUAAACUUACAGGAUUGCAAUGGUAUUUCACAAAGUGUGUACUGUGAAAAAGUGGUACAUGUAAUAUUAACAACUUCCAACUUCUAGUAAAUUUAUCAAAUCGUGUAACAUCACUGAAAGGAUUAAUUUAAUAAUAAGCACCAAACUAAACGUUUAAAACAAACACAAGGACGAGACAUAUUCACACUCAAUCCACAGAAGAUCAGAUGAUUCAACUCUUUCUGUUUCAAAUCAUCUAUUUUCCAGGUGUAGAACAUAAGUCAAAAGUUUCAUAAGAAAUGGAAAAAUUAAACAUUGCAUCAGCCAUUCACAAUGAUAAAAACACACAUACUAACUAUAAGUACAACGGAGAGAUGACAACAGAAAACAGAGGAUACGGUUCAUAAAUCACAAGAUCUAUGCACACAUGAACAAAGGAAGUAAUAGAGGGACACGUCGCCAAACCAUACUGAGCAUAUAAUACCCUUCCUCUCGACGUCCGUGUAUUAUAACUUACUUACUCAUGCCUGUUACUGUUGUGAGCUUAUAGGCCUCCGACUAAGAAUCUCGGAGCAACUCUUUUCAGGCUCCUCUUUCAGGUUGUCCCUAAGCGCGAUUCACUCUCUUGAUAUCUACCUGCAAAUGUCCUCUGGUAUGCUUCUUUUCCUUUUCCUUCGAGGAUUCCAUAUUGAGCCUUGCCCUUUGAUGGUUUCCUCAAUGUGUAUCCUACCCACCUCCAACACUGUUUCCUGAUUUUCCUCUCAGUAGACAUCCGAAUUGUUCUCUAUCACAGUCGAUUAUUGCUAACGGUUUCUGUCCAAUGGAUCUGUAGUAUUUUGCAUAGUCACCUGCACCUUUUGGCAAUGAUGGUAGUAGUUCUCCACAAUCCAACUCCGCACAGUAGAACUGUUUAGACGUUGUUGUUGUUGAAAUUAUGACUUUGGUGUUGUGUGACAGAUAUUCAAUUAUAGGAACGUUCACCUGUUUUGGUAAUUCAUACCCUCAUGUUCUGCAUCAGAUACUCCAUAUUCUUCGAAUAUGCUGUUCAGGCACGUAAACGCUUCCGCUUCUUCCAGAGCCUUACCACCAAAUGUGAUUUGAUUGGUGCUCGCUGUGUUGUAUUUCAGGAUCUUGCUUUUCCCUUGUGAAUGUUGAAGCCUACUGUUGUGGAAGUUACUGUCAUACUGAAUAUCUUCACCUGUAUUUGUUGCUGUCGAUGGGAUAGGAGGGUCAAGUCAUCUUCAAAGUCCAAGUUGUCCAGCUCCACUCAAGUUGUUCACUGUAUUCUGUGCUUCUGAGUUGUAGAGGUCUCAAUAAUUGAGUCUACAACCAGCAGAAAGCGAAAAGGCAAAGUAGGCAACCGUGUUUGAUACCUGUAGAUUUUAAGUCAAUAAGUGAGUCUUCUGAUAGGGAUUCAAAAUACAUGAACUUCAGGUCUCGUAACAAGUGUUGACUUCAAAACUUUGGGUUGAAACUUAAUGGUUCAGCCACAUUUUUAACUUCAGUCACUUGAUGAUAAAGUCGAAAUUGCAAAUCAGACAUGUAGAACUUCUUGGUUUCCAAUAAUUUUUCAUCUCAUAGUUACAUUGUAAUAAAAGUUAUCCUUAAAUUUGAAUAUGUAAGAUGAACUUAAAGAACUACAAAUCUAAUAUGAAGUUUGCUUUAUUGUCUACAAAAUAAAACAAAUUUUGCUUGUGGUUAAAAGUAGCAAUGGAAUUAUUUGGGAAAGAAACCACUGUCACAUAAUACAGUUAAUAUAUACAAUAGAUCCAACCCAACAAUUCAGAGAGAACUACCAGUAACAAGAAGCAAAAAGUAAAUGGAGAAAAUACCAUAUACAAUAAAUAAAUUCACAACUUACAAACUAUGCAUUUUUAGUCGACAAAUUUCAUUAUUACCAUUGUGAUUAUUCAAUGUGAUGUUUGAUGAUGGUGUAGAUUUGUUCACGUGGUUUUUACAUCGUCAACAAUUUGAUAAGCAUUUAUUGUUUCACUGAUCGGCCUCAUCGAAGUUUGAGCAGUAUGUGUCGUAUUUAAAGAGUUAAUAGCUUGAUAAUACUCUGUUGGAAAAAAAGUAGACGUAAUAGAAAAGACAUAAUUAAUUUCUAUUGGACUAUUUUCGUCUUUGGACUAGAUUACAGCAGCACCUCUCGCGAAGUUACUCUUCUCUAUAUUGUAUCUAAUAGGUUUCGCCUAUUAUUAUUAUUAUUAUUAUUAUUAUUAUUAUUAUUAUUAUCAUAAUCAUCAAUGACAUUGACAGUUGCCUCAAUAACACCAAGUAACCGAAUUCGGAAAUGUUUUCUGUUCGGCUCCGUCUCUCCAAUAGUCUAAACGUAAAGAUCUCGCCUCGAGUCCCCUAACUUUUGUUUUUCGGAUGACUGAUUGAUUAAGUCAUAGAUUCCCA